AUGCCUUUGGAACCAUUCGAGUGGACUCCGAGUACGAGUGAUGCGGAUAUGAUGCGCGCUGCAAACAUGUCAGCACAAGAACUGCGUCAUAUCUGUGCCUCAUGGACGGCACAGCUUGAGCAAUCGAUUGAAGACGUUCAUGAUACAUCGAGCAAACACACCAGACCGUCCAAUCUUGCCAUAUGGACGAUUGGUUUGGGUUGUACAACGCUGAUAAGUUUGUGUGCUGCAGUUGGUAUUCUAUUUGUUCGUGGUCUCAGUAAGCGCACAUACAAUCAUUUCAUCACUAUUUUUGUGGCCGUUGGUGUCGGCUCAUUAAUCAGUUCAUCUACUCUUCAUCUUCUCCCUCAGGGACUUGGACUUGCUGAUGGUAAAAAUUAUGAUUUUAUACCAGUGGAAACGUUUUGCAUUCUUGGUAUUUAUACGUUCUUUUUCUGUGACAAAUUCAUCAAAAUAUCACUGGAAUCUAAAAAGAUAAACGAUGCGGUUGCGUUGGAUAUGACAAUAGCCCGUGUUAACACAGAGGCCGGUUUAUCAGUUCGAUCAACAGAUGCGCUCAUUACCAGUAAUAGUGAAGUGAAGGAGAAGAGUGUGAAAAAAUGCAUCGACAAUGGACAGUCAUGUGAUGGUGUCGUAGAGAAUGUUGUAACGAACACAAAAUUGGACGGUGAUCAAUUCAACGAUGACAAUUCUGUUGAUAUGUCCAAACAGGCUCACGGCAUUUGUGUGCACGAUCAUGAGAUAACGUUCAACGAGAAGAAAGACUCGGCGAUAGCGACAGUGGCGUGGAUGAUUAUCUUCGGAGAUGGUCUUCACAAUUUCAUCGAUGGCAUCAGCAUUGGGGCUGCGUUCACUGAGUCACUGCUCGGUGGUAUCAGUGUGGCGUUGGCUGUCUUGGCUGAGGAAUUCCCACAUGAACUCGGUGACGUUGCGAUUCUGCUGAACGCAGGAAUGAAUCUGAAGCAAACGUUAUUCUAUAAUUUGAUGAGCACAGUAACUUGUUUCAUCGGCUUCGUAAUUGGCGUACUACUGGGCAGUAUUGAUUCAUUUUUGAAGUGUAUCUUCGGAUUUUCCGGCGGAAUGUUCCUCUACAUUGCUCUUUCGUGUAUGAUGCCUGAAAUGAAACGCACGAUGGAGGAAGCGUUAGCGGUGAGUAGAAAAGAUGCGUUUGUGGUGUUGUCGCUUCAGACGAUCGGUUUAUCGAUGGGAACAAUGUCAAUGUACUUUUUUGCGCGUUAUGGAGAUCUCAUCAAUUUUGAAUAG